GCGGCCGUUUGCUUAACCACUGCUCCCGCUGAACCCAAGGGCUUCAAGGAGGCCAGUGGUGCCUAAAUCGACCGCUGGAUAGACGUCUUCACAUUCUAAUAAAAUAUGCUCCGUCGUUUCCCUAGCUUUACCGCAGCAAGCACAUGCUUCUUCUUCCUUCUUAUAUCUCGCUUUAUAGGUGCGUGUUCUAAGGCAUCCCGAUCUCGCUUCGAAAAGUAAUGAGCUUCCCUUUGAGUUAUCAUAAAUGGUUUCUUUCCUAAUUUCGUUUUUUUCCUUUAAGUAGUUACUCAUGGCAGGUUUCUUUUCCAUUGCAGCCACCCAUGAGAUUAAUUCAGCCUCUCUGACUUUCCGCUUGACCUUCUUUGUUGCUGUGUUGCCCACCCCACAGGCCGCAUACUUGCUGGUAAGCUUCCUAGUUCUUUUCCUCCACUGUGAAUCAAUGUUUUGAUUCGAACAGGUUAUAAAAGCGCCACCUACGGCCGUCGGUUGAAUGAAAGUGGGCGCAAGAUAUCUGUGCAGGUCUGGAGUUCCAGUAGGUCGUGGUUAUUAUAUUGCCUAAUGUCCUGCCGGUCCUACCACGGUUUAUAGAUAAGCUUUAUAAACGCGCCACCUCUAACCAGCGAGUCCCUUGGCCUUGGCUAUUCCAUCACUUACGAUUCUUGGUUCCCGUGGCGAAUCUAGCAAGGCCCGCAGCGCAGCCCACAAGUCCCGUCUGCAACAGUUGGCGGGUGCUUUACUCCGCAGAGCUCCCGGCCACUGAUGCCUUCUGGUGGAGCUUUGUACGAGAACUACUGCUGCUUACCUGGUGCGACAACAUUGGACGAAUGCACAAGAAGCCCAGAGCGAGCAUCUAUAUAGCGCAAAAUAAACAUUUCCUCAUUUCACAAGGCAUAUUGCAUCUACUUUAUGAAAUUGCAUGUUGCAUAGAGGACAGAUUCGAUGGAGAUAAAACUGCGUGCCCUUCAUGGUGAAAAAAACCAGGACCUCCUAGAAAGGUUCAGCUGUGGUGACUACGUUGACGGUAUCGCAUGUAGUCGUCCUUCACGAUGAGCAAGCUGGAAUUUGACAGUGAGUCCAAAUCACCGAAGGAGUGGUUCACUGAGCUUGCAGCCGGCCAACACGACAUGUUAUCCAAGGAAGCUUUUUCUGCUUUUCUGAGCUCGCUUUUCACCGACUUUGAUGAGCUCCAAACCAGUGAUAAACAACAUGCAGUUACUCUGCUGUUUGAGACAUUUGAUUGUAACCAUGAUGGAAAAAUAGAUUUUUCAGAAUUUGAAACAUUCUGGACACAGUGGGUGGAAGUUGUACUACACCCAAAAUGGGCUUUUAUUGUUGUUGACGUACAGAAUGAUUUCAUCACUGGAAGUCUUUCAGUGAAAAAUCUUGCUGAAAACAGGGACCCCGAAGGCAUUGUGCCCAUUAUUAAUGACCUUGUAGAAAAUGUCCCAUGGAAACUAAUUGUGUAUUCACAAGACUGGCACCCAAAAGACCACAUUUCAUUUUACGAAAACAAGGACUGCCGACCUUUCCAUGCCAGUAGCAAAGUGAAUGCUGGAGAUGCCAAGGUUUUUGAUACUGUGAUGUUUGCCGAUGCCAUAUGCUGCACUGGUUGCAUUGAGCAAACCCUGUGGCCAGCACAUUGUAUACAAGAUACCUGGGGGGCAGAGCUGCACAAAGACCUCAGAGUGCGUGACAAUGCACUGAUAAUCCGCAAAGGCACAAGCCCAGAUGUGGACAGCUACUCUGCAUUCUGGGAUAAUGACAAACGCUCGUGCACUAGUCUCGACAAAGAGCUGAAGGCACGUGGAAUCACUGAUGUUGUUAUUUGUGGAAUAGCGUAUGAUGUUUGUGUGGCCUCCACAGCAUCGCACGCUAUACAGUUGGGGUACAGGACCGUUAUUGUUGAUGAUGCUUCAUGUGGCACUUGUGCAGCAGCCACAGAAGCCACAAAGAGCCGUUUAGUUGCACAGCAUUGUAUGCUGCUGAGCAGCUCAGAGGUAAAGAAACUGGUCUCUGGUGGCACGAGGCCGCAUAAAUUAGGCAUUCAGCUUGCAAAGGCCAUGGCAGCCACAAGCAAGUGAUUUUCUUAUCUUUCAUUUAGUACAGCGAUGAAAAUGUGAGUCUAUCACAGAACUGUAAUUGCCACUGUUGUUGCCAGAGCAUUUAAGCUCCUGUAUGUUAGAGCUGUUAUCACCUUUGUUGACAGCAAGGACCCAGUUUUGCAGUGGGCCAUUGUGACUGAGCACAGCGCCAGUACAUAGAAGCCUGCAAACUUAGUUAACAGUUGUGGCCUUCUGCAAGACUACCGUUCCAGCCUUAUCUGACAAUGUCUGCUUGGAACUUGUGUUUAUAAUGCAGUUGCUUUGUAUGUGGGAAUACUGCUUUACUUAUGAAGUAAUCAAAUGUUUCAAUAAAUGUGUGCCAUAUGAACAAGUGGAUGCUUUACGUGCAAGCAGUGAUAUAUUCUUAUAUGUUAAGUAUUUAGUUUGCCGCUGUGCCAGCCUUAUGUCAAGCCCAAUUUUUUUUUUUUGCAAGUAUAAUUUACCUACAUUAAUAGCUACCUUUGUGUUGUUUAAGAUGAUGCAGCAGCAUGAUUUUUCUCUAAUUUCGAAUGUUCUCAAGAUGGAACAUAUUGAAGAUUUUGUUCUAGAGUGCAUUUGCAAACGUGAUUAUUUCUCAAACUAUUCCUUUUGCAUUGUUUGACAAGAAAACACUUGCAUGUCUGUGACAAAUACUGUGCUUAGCUUAAGGGUACAGUGAGCCAUACUUGGCUUUGUACACAAACACUCAUUCUGAUUGCUAUUGUAUUAAUCUUGUGCUGUCUGCGAUGCCAUCUGUAAUGACCCAGAUAAUUUGCAAAUGUGAUUAUUUCUCAAACUAUUCCUUUUGCAUUGUUUGACAAGAAAACACUUGCAUGUCUGUGACAAAUGUUGUGCUUAGCUUAAGGGUACAGUGAGCCAUACUUGGCUUUGUACACAAACACUCAUUAUGAUUGCUAUCUGUAUUGAUCUUGUGCUGUCUGCGAUGCCAUCUGUAAUGACCCAGAUAAUUUGCAAAUGUGAUUAUUUCUCAAACUAUUCCUUUUGCAUUGUUUGACAAGAAAACACUUGCAUGUCUGUGACAAAUACUGUGCUUAGCUUAAGGGUACAGUGAGCCAUACUUUGCUUUGUACACAAACACUCAUUCUGAUUGGUAUCUGUAUUGAUCUUGUGCUGUGAUGCCAUCUGUAAUGACCCAGAUAAUUUGCAAAUGUGAUUAUGCCUGAAACUAUUCCUUUUUCAUUGUUUGACAAGAAAGCACUUGCAUGUCUGUGACAAGUACUGUGCAUAGCCCAAGGGUACAGUGGGCCAUACUUGGCUUUGUACACAAACACUCAUCAAAUAUGAUUGCUAUCCGUAUUGAUCUUGGCUGUCUGCGAUGCCCCCUGUAACGACCCAGAUAAUUUUUAUAUGCAUUUUUAUCUUUUGCAGAAAAAAUUGACAUCACUUCUACCAGUACCUUGUAGAAAAUAAAGACAGCCGAAUGUAUAAAGUUAUUGCAACAGAUUUUUGCACCUGAACUUAGCCCCAGAGUACGUUUUGUAUCUACUUCUAGUGUGUCACUUUUUUGUUUCCCUGAACUAAUCAGCCUGAUACACCUUCGUUAUACUAAACCAGACAUUUUCCUUUUGUUUACUUUUAAAGCUACAUAUGUUAACUCCCCUUUGCACUGAAGUUAACCUGUUGGUAAUUGGUGUUAAAAAUAUAGUUGAUAAUUCUAAACUGCAAGCUGCAAAAGCCAUCCAACUGCAUUCCUUUGUAAACAUCAGAACACAUUUUUAUUAUGCUUGCAACAGGCAAGAGCCUGAAUAGCACAAAGCCACAAAAAAACAUCACAUUUCUGAUACGCAUAUGUAAAACUCAAAAUUUUCAAUUUUCCAUCGAACGAUUUUUCUGCACUUUAAAAGCAGUUAAUGUCUAAGUGUGGCAUGGCCAAGGUAUAAAUUUUUUUUAAUGCUUGCUGCAAAACUUUUGAUUAGUAGCAUAGAAAACUGUUGUUCCCCUGACUACUUGAAGACUGCACAAAAAAAAAGAGGGGGGGGGGCAGAAGGGUACGACAAGACAACAUGAGUGCAGACAAACAAGCAUUUAUUUGGAAAGGUGUGGAAAGUGAAUAUGAGCAUAAGUAAAUCUUGCUAUGUGCUUUGGUGUUGUGUAAACUUUAUGCCUUGAAACAAUUGUUCUGUAGCAAAUAUAUGCAAUAUUUCUGUUGAUGCCCAAUAAAAUGAAUAAAGGUGUUCGCUCAUUUA